AUGGACGUGGACGCUGAGGAGAAGCGCCAUCGCACACGGUCCAAAGGGGUUCGAGUUCCGGUGGAGCCAGCCAUACAAGAGCUGUUCAGCUGUCCCACUCCUGGCUGCGAUGGCAGUGGUCACGUCAGUGGCAAAUACGCACGACACAGAAGUGUAUAUGGUUGUCCCUUGGCUAAAAAAAGGAAAACACAAGAUAAACAGCCCCAAGAACCUGCUCCCAAGCGAAAACCGUUUGCAGUGAAGGCAGACAGCUCCUCAGUAGACGACUGCUAUGAGAGUGAUGGUACUGAGGACAUGGAUGAAAAGGAGGAAGAUGAGGAAGAGGAGUUCUCUGAGGACAAUGAUGAGCAGGGGGAUGAGGAUGAUGACGAUGAGGAGGUGGAUCGGGAAGAUGAGGAAGAGAUCGAGGAGGAAGAUGAUGACGACGACGAUGAUGAAGAUGGGGAUGAUGUAGAAGAAGAUGAGGAGGAGGAGGAAGAAGAAGAGGAAGAAGAGGAAGAGGAAGAAGAAAAUGAAGAACAUCAAAUGAGUUGUACUCGAAUAAUGCAGGACACAGAAAAGGAUGAUAACAACAAUGAUGAGUAUGAUAACUACGAUGAACUGGUGGCCAAGUCACUAUUAAAUCUUGGCAAAAUUGCUGAGGAUGCAGCAUACCGAGCCAGGACUGAGUCAGAGAUGAACAGCAACACCUCCAAUAGCUUGGAGGAUGAUAGUGACAAAAAUGAAAACCUCGGUCGGAAAAGCGAACUGAGCCUAGAUUUAGACAGUGAUGUCGUCAGAGAAACAGUGGACUCCCUUAAGCUGCUAGCACAAGGACAUGGUGUUGUGCUAUCAGAGAACAUCGGUGACAGAAGUUAUGCCGAAGGAAUGUCCCAACAAGACAGUAGAAAUAUGAACUAUGUCAUGCUAGGGAAGCCCAUGAACAAUGGGCUCAUGGAGAAGAUGGUGGAGGAGAGCGAUGAGGAGGUGUGUCUAAGUAGUCUGGAGUGUCUGAGGAACCAGUGCUUUGACCUAGCCAGGAAACUCAGCGAGACCAACCCACAGGACAGGAGUCAGCCACCCAACAUGAGUGUGCGCCAACAUGUCCGGCAAGAGGACGACUUCUCUGGGAGGACACCAGACAGGAGCUACUCAGAUAUGAUGAACCUUAUGCGGCUGGAGGAGCAGCUAAGCCCCAGGUCUAGAACGUUCUCCAGCUGUGCCAAGGAGGAUGGGUGUCAUGAGAGGGAUGAUGACACCACCUCAGUGAACUCAGACAGGUCUGAGGAGGUAUUUGACAUGACCAAGGGCAACCUGACUCUGCUAGAGAAAGCCAUUGCCUUGGAAACAGAGAGAGCCAAGGCCAUGAGGGAGAAGAUGGCCAUGGACGCUGGGAGAAGGGAUAACCUGAGAUCCUAUGAAGACCAGUCUCCAAGACAGCUGGCUGGUGAAGACAGAAAAUCCAAAUCCAGUGACAGCCAUGUCAAAAAGCCAUACUAUGGUAAAGAUCCCUCAAGAACAGAAAAGAGAGAGAGCAAGUGUCCAACCCCCGGGUGUGAUGGAACCGGCCACGUAACUGGGCUUUACCCGCAUCACCGCAGUCUGUCUGGAUGCCCGCACAAAGAUAGGGUCCCUCCAGAAAUUCUUGCCAUGCAUGAAAAUGUUCUCAAGUGUCCCACUCCGGGCUGCACAGGGCGAGGGCAUGUGAAUAGCAACAGGAACUCGCACAGAAGCCUCUCUGGAUGCCCUAUUGCUGCUGCAGAAAAACUGGCAAAGGCCCAAGAGAAACACCAGAGCUGUGACGUGUCCAAGUCCAACCAGGCCUCAGACCGCGUCCUCAGGCCAAUGUGCUUUGUCAAGCAACUUGAGAUUCCUCAGUAUGGCUACAGAAACAAUGUCCCCACAACAACACCGCGCUCCAACCUGGCCAAGGAGCUUGAGAAAUAUUCCAAGACUUCGUUUGAGUACAACAGUUACGACAACCAUACUUAUGGCAAAAGAGCCAUAGCUCCCAAGGUGCAAACCAGGGACAUAUCCCCCAAAGGAUAUGACGAUGCCAAGCGGUACUGCAAGAAUGCCAGCCCCAGCAGCAGCACCACCAGCAGCUAUGCACCCAGCAGCAGCAGCAACCUCAGCUGUGGCGGUGGCAGCAGCGCCAGUAGCACUUGUAGCAAGAGCAGCUUUGACUACACACAUGACAUGGAAGCUGCACACAUGGCAGCCACGGCCAUCCUCAACCUAUCCACACGUUGCCGUGAAAUGCCACAAAACCUGUCCACCAAGCCACAGGACCUGUGCAGUACCCGGAACCCAGACAUGGAAGUGGAUGAGAACGGCACCCUGGACCUGAGCAUGAACAAGCAGAGGCCUCGAGACAGCUGCUGCCCAGUUCUGACCCCCCUGGAGCCCAUGUCCCCCCAGCAACAGGCAGUGAUGAGCAGCCGGUGCUUUCAGCUGAGUGAGGCGGAUUGCUGGGACUUGCCUGUAGACUACACUAAGAUGAAGCCUCGGAGGGUGGACGAGGAUGACCCCAAGGAGAUCACCCCAGAAGACUUGGACCCAUUCCAGGAGGCCCUGGAAGAAAGAAGGUAUCCAGGGGAAGUGACCAUCCCAAGCCCCAAACCCAAGUAUCCCCAGUGCAAGGAAAGCAAAAAGGACUUAAUAACUCUGUCUGGCUGCCCUCUGGCGGACAAAAGCAUUCGAAGUAUGCUGGCCACCAGUUCACAAGAGCUCAAGUGCCCCACCCCUGGCUGUGACGGUUCUGGACACAUCACUGGCAAUUAUGCUUCUCAUCGAAGCCUCUCUGGGUGCCCACGAGCAAAGAAGAGUGGCAUUCGGAUAGCACAGAGCAAAGAGGACAAGGAGGACCAGGAGCCAAUCAGGUGCCCGGUCCCUGGCUGUGAUGGUCAGGGUCACAUCACUGGGAAGUAUGCAUCCCACCGCAGCGCCUCCGGGUGCCCCUUAGCGGCCAAGAGGCAGAAAGACGGGUACCUCAACGGCUCCCAAUUCUCCUGGAAGUCAGUCAAGACUGAGGGCAUGUCGUGCCCUACUCCUGGGUGUGAUGGGUCAGGGCACGUCAGUGGCAGCUUCCUCACGCACCGCAGCUUGUCAGGAUGUCCAAGAGCCACCUCAGCAAUGAAGAAAGCAAAGCUGUCUGGAGAACAGAUGCUGACUAUUAAGCAGCGAGCCAGCAAUGGUAUAGAAAAUGAUGAAGAAAUUAAGCAGUUAGAUGAAGAGAUAAAAGAGCUUAAUGAGUCCAAUUCCCAAAUGGAGGCCGACAUGAUCAAACUCAGAACUCAGGUAACAAUCACCACAAUGGAGAGCAACCUAAAGACGAUUGAGGAGGAGAACAAAGUCAUUGAGCAGCAGAACGAGUCGCUCCUGCAUGAGCUGGCCAACCUGAGCCAGUCCCUGAUCCACAGCCUCGCCAACAUCCAGCUGCCUCACAUGGAUCCAAUCAAUGAACAAAAUUUUGAUGCUUACGUGACUACUUUGACGGAAAUGUAUACAAAUCAAGAUCGUUAUCAGAGUCCAGAAAAUAAAGCCCUACUGGAAAAUAUAAAGCAGGCUGUGAGAGGAAUUCAGGUCUGA